GCCGAGCAGCUCCAGAGGCAGCGAUUUCACAGCGGAAACAAAACAGCGGCUGCUCGGGAAGGAGCUUCCCCUGUGAGCGGCCGGUGGCGGCGGCGAGGGAAGAGUAGACCUAAUCCGAGAGCCUGCAAGUGACAGCAGCCUGCGAGGUCCUUAGAAAGCUUGGCCUGGAGGAGAACACAUGAAAGAAAGAACCCCAAGAGGUUUUGGUUUCUGUGAAAAAGUAUUUCUGUACGCUUGCUCCAAUGACAGAGUUACCUGCACCCUUGUCCUACUUCCAGAAUGCACAGAUGUCCGAGGACAGCCACCUGAGCAAUACUGUACGUAGCCAGAAUGACAACAGAGAUCGGCUUGAGCAUGGCAGCGAAAGGAGGAGACGUGGCAACCCUGAGCCGUUAUCUAAUGGACGACCCCAGGGUUCACAGCAGGUGGUGGAACAAGAUGAAGAAGAAGAUGAGGAGCUGACAUUGAAAUAUGGUGCCAAACACGUGAUCAUGCUCUUUGUCCCGGUGACUCUCUGUAUGGUAGUAGUUGUGGCUACCAUCAAAUCAGUCAGCUUCUAUACCCGGAAGGAUGGACAGCUAAUCUAUACUCCAUUCACAGAAGACACUGAGACCUUGGGGCAGAGAGCCCUGAAUUCGAUUCUGAAUGCUGCUAUCAUGAUCAGCGUCAUUGUUGUCAUGACUAUUCUCCUGGUGGUUCUGUAUAAAUACAGGUGCUAUAAGGUCAUCCAUGCCUGGCUUAUUAUUUCAUCUCUGUUGUUACUGUUCUUUUUCUCAUUCAUUUACUUGGGGGAAGUGUUUAAAACCUACAAUGUUGCCAUGGACUACAUUACUGUUGCCCUCCUGAUCUGGAAUUUUGGUGUGGUGGGAAUGAUCGCCAUCCACUGGAAAGGGCCACUGCGACUCCAGCAGGCAUAUCUCAUUAUGAUCAGUGCCCUCAUGGCCUUGGUAUUUAUCAAGUACCUCCCAGAAUGGACAGCAUGGCUCAUCUUGGCUGUGAUUUCAGUAUAUGAUUUAGUGGCUGUUUUAUGUCCAAAAGGCCCACUACGUAUGCUGGUUGAAACAGCUCAGGAGAGAAAUGAAACUCUCUUUCCAGCUCUCAUUUAUUCCUCAACAAUGGUGUGGUUGGUGAAUAUGGCGGAAGGAGACCCAGAAGCCCAAAGGAAGGUAUCCAAAAACUCCAACUGUAACGCACAAACCACAGAAGGUGAGUCCCAAGACCCUGUGACAGAGAAUGAUGAUGGUGGCUUCAGUGAAGAGUGGGAAGCCCAGAGGGACAACCGCCUAGGGCCUCAUCACUCUACGACGGAGUCACGAGCUGCUGUGCAGGAACUUUCCAGCAGCAUCCUGGCCAGUGAGGACCCAGAAGAAAGGGGAGUAAAACUUGGAUUGGGGGACUUCAUUUUCUACAGUGUUUUGGUUGGUAAAGCUUCUGCAACAGCCAGUGGAGACUGGAACACAACCAUAGCCUGCUUUGUAGCCAUAUUAAUUGGUCUGUGCCUUACAUUAUUACUCCUCGCCAUUUUCAAGAAAGCUCUGCCAGCUCUUCCGAUCUCUAUCACCUUUGGGCUUGUUUUCUACUUUGCCACAGAUUAUCUUGUACAGCCCUUUAUGGACCAGUUAGCAUUCCAUCAAUUUUAUAUCUAGCAUAUUUGCAAUUAGAAUCCCAUGGAUUUUUCUCCUUUGACUGUAAUUAAACCUGGGGAAGACAAAGAUGAUUUUCCUGUGUCCACAUCUAACAAAGGCAAGAUUCCCAGCUGGACUUUUGCAGCUUCUUUGCAAGUCUUCCUGACCACCUGUACCAUUGGGCACUGGAAGAAGAUGUCCACAGAAAAUGAUCUUGAACAUAUGUCAUCGUGACGGACUGAGUCCCUCGGUGCAGAAACUACCAGAUUUGAGGGACGAGGAGGAGGAGGAGGGACAGACCAAGAAGUUGCUGUGCUCCCACCAGCAGUUUGACCCUUGGUCACGGGUGGAUUUUACCAACACUGCAGACUCUCAGGACUACCAUUACCGAGAAGUUAAAUGACAUGGUUUAAACCAAACAGGACUCUCCAUCUUAAACCACAUGUUGAAGAUCAACCUAAUAAACCUGUAUUGAACUCUGAACCUUUUCAGGAGGUACUGUAAGGAGAGCAGGCACCAGCAGCAACAUGAAGAGGUUUUUGAAAAGGGGCUCCAACUUUCACUUUCAAGCCUUUCUGCUGCAGACUUAAACCAUUUUUAAAUAAGACUUUUUUUUUUCACCUUGAGUCAAGUCCGAUAUGUAGGUUGAUUUUGAAAAUUUUGUUUUCAAGCACUGAAACUCAGUACCAUCUACGGUUGCAUUUCUUCCCAUGGCCAGUCUGAACUUACCUGCUUUAUCCUAAAAGUCUUAACCUCAGGUUCCAAACCCAGUAAUUUCUGGAGAGAAUGGAACUAUAUCUAAACAGUUUCCUGUCAGCCUUAGGUGAAUUCUGGAUUUUCCACCAAAUUCUUUAUUUUUAGACAUACUUGUAGGUUUACUUGCCCUGGAUGCUUCCAUUGUUCCCAUCUCUCCCUGACUCCCCAUAAGCAUUCUCUUCUACAGCAAAUGAGACAGCUCUGUUGUGGUAGCAGAUGGUCCAGUUACUCUAGGAUUUUACUCUUUGUGUGGUGCAAAGAAUGUGUUAUGAAUCAGUGCUAUCAGCCUCACUGUCAUAAUUUCUUCAGUAGCAAAUACAGUGUGUGCCCAAAGACAGUAGAAUUAAAGAAGAGUAAAAUGGCUGGUGAAGCAC